AUUAGCAGCGCGCGCUGUCAGUGUCAUAUGCGCGAAUAGGGCAGCUCGGACCGGUUCAGGGCAGAAGCGCGCGCGCGCACCCGCUCAUUCCUCACUGCAGCUGACAAGAAGGUAAACGCGCUGGCGCUGAGGGGAAACACGAGCUGAUUUUACUCUGACAUUUCGCUUUAGCACUUUCCUUUGACGUGGGAAUUCCUUAUAAAGACACCUGUGCUGGCGCCACUCGGAUCGCCACUCUUUUGGAGCGUUUUCUCCGUUUUCUGUAUCGAGAAGCUAAUACAGCUUUUUUCCUUGUCCCAUUAAAUGUUGAUGGAGUUCCUGCAGGGCAGCGGUGACUACUGCCACGCCCAACAUUAUAAAGCCUGAACCCAGGUGACACGGUCCUGCUUCUGCCUGCUGAACAGAAACUCCUUCACUGCCUGGCUCACUCUGGCCCUGCUGACUCCUGAUUUCACCAAGCACCAGAUGGGUUAAGGAGAGCUGUGGCUCAGGGCUCUUGGACAGUGCUCCACCCUGCUCCUGCCCAUGUCUGAUUCUAGAAACGUUUCAGAGAAACAGGCAACUGUUUUCAUUUAUACUGAUAGAUAGCAGGAACCUCCUGAGGUGUUCCUGUGUGACAGUAGAGGAAGAGUAGCACUGUCAAUCAAACAGAUAGUGUACGGCUGCUAGUGGGUGUGUUUUACCCACAGGACGCUGGCUUAGCCCACAGUUUGGCCGGCUCUCAGACAUGGCCAGGAUGAACCGACCGGCCCCUGUUGAAGUCAGCUACAAAAACAUGCGCUUUCUGAUCACACACAAUCCCACCAAUGCCACUCUGAGCUCCUUCAUAGAGGAUCUGAAGAAGUAUGGUGCGACCACAGUGGUGCGAGUGUGUGAAGUAACAUAUGACAAGACACCACUGGAGAAAGAUGGCAUCACGGUCAUGGACUGGCCAUUUGAUGAUGGAGCCCCUCCUCCCACAAAGAUUGUGGACGACUGGCUUUCACUGCUGAAGCAUAAGUUUUGUGAGGACCCCGGGAGCUGUGUGGCUGUGCACUGUGUAGCUGGACUUGGUCGAGCUCCAGUUCUGGUGGCGCUGGCACUGAUAGAAAGUGGAAUGAAGUAUGAAGAUGCCAUUCAAUUCAUCAGACAAAAACGUCGGGGUGCCAUAAACAGCAAGCAGCUGACCUAUCUAGAGAAGUACAGGCCUAAGCAAAGACUGCGCUUUAAAGACCCACACAACCACAAGAACAAGUGCUGCCUCAUGUGAGCGAGUCUCUGCCCAUCUGCCACUGAAGGAAUGAAUUUAUAAUGUGUGGACUAAACAGGACUGAUGCCACAAACCCAAUGCAUUUGGAUUGUUUAACUUUUACUACAUGGGAGGACUUGACCCUUCCUUAAUCUGUGUGAGACCCCUAAGUGUAAGGGCUUCGUGAACUCAGGGCUGUGAAAGACAAGCCUCUUGCUAUUUGUCUUGAUCCUAAGUGUCUCACAAAUGGUGUUACAUGUAUAUUUUCAAAUACACACACACUCACUAACACACACAAUACAUGCAGUAUAUAAACAACCAGCAAGAUCUGCAGCACACACUCCAAAGAUAAUCUACUGCUCCCUUUGGCAGGAAAACAUUAAUUCACUUUUUGAACAAAAUUGCUUGUUUAUAUCUUAUUAAUCAUGUACAGUUUUCUCCUCUUUUGAUUUCAUUUAUGUAAUUUUAUUUCAAGGCUUUGCUUAUUAGUCCCACUUUUCUGAACAUCACAGAUGGGUUUGGCAGAGAAUGAUUUCGUUGUGGUGGGUGGUGGCUUUUUUUUUUUUUUUUUUUUUUUUUUAAA